AUGGCUCAGUUCGGGAAUUUACCCCCCGAGCUUCUCCAUAGCAUAAUCCGGGCCAUUUUCGAUGAAGUCUGGGGCGGCGUCCUUACAAAGCAGUUCCUGGCGUUACGAUGCGUCUGCCGACAAUUGAAUCGCUGCGUCACGCAGGAAAUACUCCGUUUUCCUCUCGGCCCCUGGGAUUGGGGACUACGCUACGGGAUCAUGAGGUUGCAGUUCCUCCACCAAGUACUGAAUAGAGACAGCGCAGAUGGGAAGCUCAUGGUGCUUGCGGUUAAUAAGGCGACCGACUAUGCGGUCGAAGCCAAGUGCAAUUUGCCGAAUACGACUGAGCAAGUUACACAAUCCACACGUAGACAGUACACGCGUGCCAUCGCCGGAGUCCUCCUGCACGACGUCGACAUGUAUUACGCAGACUUCGUCGCUGGCACCGUUCAGAACCGUGCCACUCGUGCCCGAUACAAGGCCACCCUGUCGCAAAACGAGUCCCACGCCCUGGCCGUCCUAGCCGCCGCGGGCCAAGGCGACGUCGCCAUGCUCCAGCUUCUGCUUUCGCAGGCCCGCUUAGACCCGCCGCCGGGGCUGGUAGGCGCUGUUCUUCCCAGUCCACUGGCCCUGGCGAUCCGCGGCCAGCACACUUGCGCAGUCAAUCGGCUGCUCGCCCGAUGGGAUUCCCACAGCGAUGUUGAUUGCCCCGACACGCCGGGCGUCCAAGGCGAGUACCCGGUCCACGAGGCCGCCCGCACGGGGAGCAUUCCACUCGUCGAGCUGUUCGUAUCGCGUGUGGACGGCGUCAACGCAAAUGCCACGACGCGGACCCCCACGAAGCGCGGUAUGACGCCGCUAGACAUUGCAGCAUCGGCUGGCCACGUCGACCUGGUCAAGUACCUCUUUCGGCUACCGCAAACAUGCAAGACAGGCGGCGGUGGUGUACGCGGAGGAGGAGGCAAGAAUGCGAUAUAUUACGCGGUCGAAGCCCAAAAUAUAGAGAUUAUUGAGUUCCUGCUGGCGCAGCCGGAGACUGUCAUCACGGCGGCGAACGCGCUUGACAGUCCUCUUUCAAUAGCAGCCUCUCUCGCCAGAUUAGAUAUAAUCAAGCUCUUGGAUACCAAGGGAAGAGUGGCAAGCGAGACAGAGCUGGAGAUCAUCUACCACGGUUGUGUGCUUACCAGCAUAUGCAAAGGGGAUAUGCCCAUGUUCGACUACUUCUUCGGCAAGCCGGGUGUGCCGCUCGGAAGGUGGAUUGAGGAUUAUACCUCAUUACUUGCAGCUGCCGUCCAAAAGGGGCAAGACGAGAUGUUCGAGAAGCUUGUUGUGCGCGAGGAAUUCGAUCGCACGGCCCGGCGAUCCGCGUUCAUGCAAGCAGUGUGGUUGGGGAAGUUGGGAAUUGCCCAGAGAUUGAUUGAUGUGGGGAAUUUGGAUCUGGAGUCGGCGCAUCGUAUUCGAGCGGAUGCGAUACAGCAUGUCAGGGGUCGUCCGGAGGUGUUUGAGUUUUUGAAGAGGACUGGAAUUGUUGGGCCUGAUGUGCAGAUGCCGGACUGGUAA